AUGAAUACUGCCACGCAAAGAACACCCAAGACCCCGAAACCAACCGCCUCCGUGCCAAUUGUCCAAAAUAAACGCUGGCCCCCCAUGGCGAACCGAAACGCCCUUCCCUACAAGCUCACCCACAUCUCGAAAGAGAAACUCGCCCGUGAAGCCACCGCACCAGACCCUGACCUGCGCCGUUGCGUGGCUCACUUCCGCCUGCACUGCGGGUCCGUCUCCUGGACCGAGAAUGACAUGAAGUCUCGGAUCAGCUCUUUUGAUUUCGAAGACACCGAUGACGAAGACGAUAUGGAGGAGAUCAACACCGAACUGCCGGUCCUGAAAAACAGAGCUCCGGCCAACGACAAUACAGUCGAAGUCACCGAACAAUUAUCAUACAAAUCAGAGCCCGUCGCUAUUGCGGCUACCCCGGCAUCAUCAACAUCACCAGCGUCGCCUGAAAAUCCCGAGCAUGGUUUUUUGGAAAAGGGUCGCAAUUGUCUUGAGGCGACCUCCAAACAUCUAUGGACAGGGGGAUCUUGCAUAGUUUCCCCAAUCGCGGGUUAA